UACCCAGAAGUAGCAAGACGACUUAGUAAAAAAAUCGAUAUUAGCUAUUAUCUGAAUAGUGUUGUCGGCCUCUGUGCACGAUUUAUUAACUAUGAUGAAAGUUUCCAACCAUCAUAUGAAAUUGUACUGGGGGCCUUAAAAAAGUUAAAAGAUGGUAAUAAAGCCCGGGGUA